AUGUCACGCUUGAUUGUCAAGGGGCUGCCAAGCUACCUCACGGAUGCCAGGCUUCGUGAGCACUUUGCACAAAAGGGCACCGUGACCGAUGUCAAGCUGAUGCGCCGGCCGGAUGGCACGUCACGUCGGUUUGGGUUUGUUGGGUUUCGUACCGAGGCGGAGGCGGAGGCGGCUCGGGCGUACUUUGAUCGGACAUACAUCGAUACUUCGCGUAUGUCGGUGGCUCUUGCCAAGCAGAUCAACGAUGGCGACUUGCAAGCUCACAAGGAAGCUCGGAGGCAAGCCAGAGAGGGCCGAGCGCAGCCAGCCGAGUCGUCGGCGCCUGCCAAGCCGAAGAAAGGCACCGAGAAAAGCGCUUCGUUUGAAGAGUUCUUAUCGGUCAUGGCCCCCAAGUUGAAGCGCAAGUCGUGGCAGAACAACGAGGAUUUGGAGCAUGCGAACACAGCGUCUGCUCUCGACGACUCAGGUGCCCAGCCUGCGAAGAAGCGCAAGCAAAAGGCAGACGACAAGGCGCCUGCACCGGCGCCGCUCGUCGCUGCGACGGCGGAUGGCGCUGCUGCUGACGAGGAGUUGAGUGAUUUGGAGUACAUGCGUCGGCGUAUGCGUCACAAGGUGGCCGGUGAAGACAGUGCGCCGCCGCCGCCGACCUUUGAGCAGUCGGACUCGGAGGAGGCGGAGGACGAGCCUGCGUCCGACGAUGAGAUACCCGAAGCGGAGCGCCUUGCAUCGGAGCGACGACGUGCGAAGCUGGAGGCGCAGCAGCGCCAGGACGAAGAGAACGUGGAUACCAUCAUGGCGUCGGGCCGUUUGUUUGUACGCAAUUUGCCGUUUAGUGCGACAGAGGACGAUGUGGAGGCUGUAUUCCGGCAGUACGGCCCCGUGGAUCAUGUUCAUAUUCCUCUAGAUGCGUCGACCAAGGCGUCCAAAGGUCUGGCCUUUGUCAAGUUUCAUGACCCGUCGCAUGCCUUGGUCGCCUACCGUGCGCGAGACGGUGCGAUUUUCCAAGGACGUCUCUUGCAUGUGCUGCCAGCCGUGGACUUGGCGCCCAAACCUACGGCGGCCGCCUCGUUGAAGCAGAAACGCUUGGAGUCGAAGCGUGCCCAAGCUGGCAAAGACUUUAACUGGAGCAUGCUGUACAUGAAUAGCGAUGCGGUGGCUACGUCGAUCUCCGAUCGGCUAGGUGUAUCGAAGGCGACGUUGUUGGGCGCCGAAGAGGAUACGCAGGUUAGCCCCGCUGUGCGUUUGGCACUUGCGGAAACGCGCGUGAUUCAGGAGACAAAGCAGUUCUUUGAAGACAAUGGCAUGCAUCUUGAGGCGCUGGAGAAUGUCAAGGCACGUACGGACGAUACCAUUCUUGUGAAGAACAUUCCGUACGGCACAACAGGCGAAGAGAUUCGGGCCUUGUUUGCCAAGUACGGCGACGUAGGCCGCGUCUUGAUCCCGCCAUCGAACACCAUUGCAGUGGUGGAAAUGCCUGUCGUCAACGAAGCACGCGCUGCGUUCCGUGGCCUGGCGUACAAGCGGUUCCGCGACGCCGUGUUGUACCUGGAAAAGGCGCCUGUAGGCUUCCUGCCGCGCCGCGAUGGACGUGCGUCUACAGAGAUUAUUUCGGGCGUGCAAGGCAAAGUUGCGCCGGAUUCCAGUCGAGGUUUGCUGGGCGUCGACGAGUCGUCGGCCACCCCUACGGCAUCGGCAGCCGAGGCGACGCUGUACGUGAAGAACCUCAGCUUUGCUACGACGUCCGAGCGCUUGGCGGAGGCGUUUGGCGCUUUGGACGGUAUGGUGUUUGCGCGCGUCCAAACCAAGGCGGAUGCCAAGCACCCAGGCCAACGUCUCAGUAUGGGCUACGGGUUUGUGGGCUUUGCUAGCGCCGCGCAAGCGCAGCAGGCCAUGCAGGCGAUGAACCACCAUGUGUUGGACGGACAUACUCUCUCUAUUUCGUUCACGCGACGUGGCCAUGAUGCGGACGAUGCGUCGCCGAUUGCACGAGCGCCGACGGCCAAGAUGCUGGUGAAGAAUGUGCCGUUUGAGGCGACGAAGAAGGAUCUUCGUGAGCUGUUCAGUGUGCAUGGCCAGCUGAAGAGUGUACGUCUCCCGAAACAAGUGCAUGGACGUACGCGUGGCUUUGCGUUUGUGGAGUUUGUGUCGCGACGCGAGGCGGAGAAUGCCAUGGCUGCUUUGCGGCACACGCAUUUGCUCGGUCGUCACUUGGUCCUGGAAUGGGCGGGUGAUGCAGAAGGUACCGCUGGUGUGGAAGAAUUGCGGGCCAAGACACGCAAGUCGUUUGUGAGCGAGGCGGAUCGACAUGCGGCUGUCGGCGAGCGUGCCAAGAUCCGGCUAAGCACCGAGCAAAUGUCCGAAGCCAUUCAGCGAGGCAAGGCGGACGACGACGACGACGACGACGACGAUGAUGAAUAA